UUUCCGACCCAGUAGUAGCAAGUAGCCUGUACUUUGUUUACGUCCCGUUGGUUAGCUGACAGCUGCUGUAGCGCUUUACCCACACACACAGCCGUGUAUGCACGCCUCUGGUGGCUACUUGGACCUCUUUAAACUUUAACCUGAGGCUUGUGAGUGUCGUGGACGGGAUGUUUCACUGAAUGAGGGGGUCCCGCUAGAUGCCGACAGGAGGAUGAACUCUAUCACCGGACGGGUUCUCUCCAUCCCCGGCGCCUCUGUCACCAACUCUGGAGCGUCCUCCUCCCGAGCCUUACAUGUAGAGCUAACAUCCCAGCAGAGACGGUUGCGUCAUCUCCGGAGCAUCGCAGCCAGAAACAUUGUCAACAAGAAUGGUUCUCCACUGCUGGACACAUACUUCACCCUCCACCUCUGUAUAGGAGACAGAAUAUCUAGAGAUUUUUACAAGAGUGAAGUCAUACGGGACUCUCUGAAUCCAACCUGGCGGAGUCUGGACUUCGGCAUGCUGCCGGACCUCCUGGAUACCUCUGUGUCUUGCUUCGUGGUGAGGAUCUGGGGAGGACAGGAGGAACAGUACCAGCUCCUCAUAGAAUGGAGGGUCAAUCUGGAUGGCCUCAGAUACACAGGACAGCAGAUUCGAUCCAGAAACCCAAAUGAGAUCAUCUUUGGUUUGAAUGAUGGCUACUAUGCAGCUGACUUUGAUCAUAAGGAUCAGUCGGAGCGGAAGAAAAACAGUCUGCUCCAGGUCGACCAGAGUUCAGUCAGGAACUCCUACAGUGUUUUCUCUUUGCUCAGGCUUCACACAGCACAGAGAGCCAUCAAGCAGACCCAAGUGACAGUGCAGAAGAUCGGGAAGGAGAUCGAGGAGAAGCUGAGGACGACGGCGACCUGCACAGAGCGGAAGAAAGAGCGGGAGUGCAUGCAGCUGCGCAUAGCCGUGCUACGGAGUGAGCUGCAGAGGCAGAGGAAGGCGCUCGGCAGGGAGAUCGACCUGAGGCAGAAGGAGCAGGCACAGCUUCAGAAAAAAGAGGAAGUGUUCUCCGCUCAACACGAGAAUCUGAAGGAGGAGAAAGAAUCCUUAACCAAGCUGCAGAAGGAAUGCACCGCCAAGAGAGAGCAGUUUCUGAAGUCCAACGCCCAGCUCACCUUCCGCUGUCGUCAGCUCCUGUCUGAGCUCUCCUACAUCUACCCCAUCGAUGUGGCUAAUCAGUCAGAUUAUAUCAUCUGUGGAGUGAAGCUGCCAAACUCUGAAGACUUCCAGGCAAAGGAUGAUGGGAGCGUGGCAGUCGCCCUGGGUUACACGUCGCACCUGGUCCUGAUGAUUUCGUGCUUCCUGCAGGUCCCUCUGAGGUAUCCAGUGAUCCACAAGGGUUCCCGCUCCUCCAUCAAGGACACCAUUACUGACAGACUCACCGAGAAGGAGAGAGAAUUCCCUUUGUACCCCAGAGGAGAGCGCUUUCAUUUUGAAUACGGAGUCUACUUACUCAACAAGAACAUCGCCCAGCUGAGAUAUCAACACGGCUUGACCACCCCAGACCUGCAGCAGACACUACCCAACUUGAAGAACUUCCUGGAACAUGGCCUGCUGGUUCGAUGUGAUCGACAUCAAGUAUCUAGCUCCAUCCCAGUGCCAGCCAAGUCCCAGCUCGGUGUCUCUGCUGCCUCAGAUAUCGGCUACCCCUGCCACACCAGCUCCCCAGACCGAGGCCUGAGAAAAAGGGCGAGCUCGGAGGCCGAUAAGCACAACCACAAGCCAUCUCCUCCACCCAGUUAUAACACAGCUAUGGCAGAACAACAGCCGCCGGUUGGCCUGGCCCCUCCUUCACCUUCACCCAAACACAUGUCCUCCUCCCUUGAUGCUGGCAUGGCCUCACUUAGCCUCACCAAGACAACAGAGGCCAACAAGGAUGGGGAGCAAAGGGAGGAGGGUGGUGAGACAGCAGUGGAAGAGGAGAGACGCAAAAACCCCGAUAGAGAAAUUGAAAUAGAAAAAGAAGGAAAAAAUGAAGAGCAACUUUCCAGCAGCACAGCUGCACCCAACUCCUCUUCAGUGCAGGACUCUGGUGAGGAAAUGUCAGCCUCCGGUCAGCAUACAGGUGCUAUGAACGGCUCUUUGGUUGCAGGACAGGCUCCUAUUAGCAUGAUACCAGAGCUGCGCUGUUCUGUGGAGCAAGCGGAGGAGAUAAUGGGCACAGAGGCCACCGGUUUGGGCCUGGGGUUGGGGUUAGGGGUAGCAGAUGAGGCCCGACUCGAGGACUAUCGCUGCAUCCCCGUGGACCAUGCAGUAGCUGUGGAGUCUGACGAACAGGUGCUGGGGGAGCUGGAUGUCGCUGGCUUCGAGGAGUUCUCCAGACGCAUCUAUGCACUAAACGAGAACAUGUCCAGCUUCCGCAGACCGCGCAAGAACUCUGAUAAGUGAGGAAGAGGACCUAAGGAUAGAGGGAAGCAUAGAAAUAAAAACUUGCACAGGGGGUUUGAAUAUUUCAAGGCAGGGACAUGAACUGAGAGGAUGAGGGUGGGGGUUCCCAUUCCUCAUCCCAUCAUCUAAAAUCAUAGGAGCUUUUCUGGAAAAACAUCCAAUUUGCACUUGUUGUAAACAUUUCCGUAGUUAUCUUUUAAAUCAAAUGCAGUCAAACGUGUAAGACCUGGGACAGUAAGAUAGGACAUUUUGUUACAAGCUUUGAUUCAGCUAUUAUUCAGAAAUGUAUCCAGAGCAUUAUUUGGCCUGAGCGUUCUUCUAUGAGUCGCUGACAGGUGUUGUAGAUAACAGAAACAUUUAUGUAACAUUAGCCAGAGAAAUCUCACUCAAUAUCACUUGGACUUUGUUUUUCAGACUCUUACUGAAUAACAUAAUUUAACUUCUUGUUUCAAACACUGUAGUCUCUUGUGUCCUGCUCAAACUACAGGAGUUUAAAUAUUCUACCCUAGUUUGUAACUGGUUUCAAUACACAGAUAAGAAGACAAAAUAGCCCAGCGAUGGCCACUGACAUAUUUUCACAUUUGGAACCAGAGUAAGGAAUGACAGAAAAGAGCCUCCACUUUGAUUGUUGGUUUGAAGAGGACUCUCAGGGUUAUGGAGAGUGUAAUGACUCUUGUGUUACUGUUUGCUGCGUUUCCUCUCACUGUUUCUACUUUACUCUGCUAAUCUGGUGCACACAGCGCAGCAGGAGCCGCAUUUGUCAACGGAGCUGUCAAUCAUGGCGAUAUACUUGUUUUUAUAUCAUCCAAUAACUAAUUAAGACUUCUCAGAAGAGUUAACACUCAGCCAGAAUAUGAUUUAAGAAUUAUGACAGAAACCAAGUUAAAGAAAGAUUCAUCUUUGAUUUUGUAGUUUGAGCCAUGGCCCAUCUUUAACCUUAUAGGAGGCGGAGCUUAUGACCUUUACUUAAGCCGGUCCAUAGCAGGAGCUCUAAAUAAAGCCAUGUCAUGUCGGCCAUCUUUGUAUACAGUCUGCAGUGAAUCCUCAGAUUAUUGCUCUGUGUCUACCCUUGGCCCUCACCAAUGUCCUACACCAGGUUUUUCUCUGAGGGUAUGGAUGUAUAAACUCCUGAAGUGUGAGCUUUCACUAAACGGGAUUUCAGAUUCACACCUACAACCUCAGAACGUGAGGGUUUAUAAUUAUUUUAAUGCAACUUCCUCAAGAGACUUUAACCAGCUUAUCUAUAUCGAAGCUUCUCUUUAUCUCACACAGUCGGCUGUCCCAGUAUUUCACCUUUGACUGCACAUUCAAAUGUUACGACUCUUCCCGAGCCUUCACCCAGGGUGCAUGACGGCAGGUGUGUGUGUGCAGGAGGGAGGAUGUGAUGCUUUGGCGUGUGUGUGUGUGUGUUUGUCAGGGCGUCACAUAAGCAUGCAUCCACGGUCACACAAUCACCGUUGUGGUCCCAAAGUGAUCCCACCAAUGACCUUUCCAACAUGGCUGACACAAAGUGAGGUGGGGAGCCGAAACCAGAAAGCCAAUCAGAGGCUCUCUGACUGUGACACAUCUUCUCCUCCCGCCUCCUUUCGACAGCUCGACUCACCCGUCGUUUUCCACGCAGGGUCCAGGUUCUCCUUCAGGUCUUAAUGUUAGGAUCCUAACGAGCACAUGGCAGGGAUACGGUGCAAUUGUUUUUUCUGUCCAUCUCCAUGUCCUCUUUUUAUUUUUCAAUUUUAAUGUAUCUCAUCCAAAUUAACAUAAAUGCUAAUGUAACGUCCACUAAUUCUCCUUUUCAGUAGACCAAACUUUAAUUCUGCGUCCGUGUUCUGUUCGAUUGUCUCACUCAGGCUAUAAGUGUUGAUAGCAGGUUUCUCAAGCGGUGAUUUUUGUCCCCUGUCUCCAUGUUCUGGAUGCUUUCUUGCACUGGUAUUCGAUUAUUGCUUUAUUUAUGUCGCCCAAUAAUUGUUGUGUGCUUUAAUUAAUAUGAAAUAUGUGUUUAGAUUGACUUAACUGGCUCACAUGAGAUGUUGCUCACUGUUUGUCAGAUGCUAGACUGAUCUGAUAAACCCGUGUUUGGGUCCUGACGUGGACGUGACAAAGAUGGACUCUCCACCGGCAGCCCGCCUCCCGUUUUCAGAUCCAGCACUGAGGUUGCUGACUGUUGAGAAGUGUUGUAAUACAUGAACCAUGUUCGAUCAUUUCCAUUAACUGCUCCACAGUUCAGUAAGCGACCAUGUACAUAUACUUUUGUAUGGAGGUUUUUCUUUCCUUUUGUUAUUAAAGACUUGCAGUCCAAUGGCAUGGAUGUAUGUAGCCCCCUUUAA